CACGCGUUGAAGUCGAGUAGCGAAGCUUGAAGGCUCACUGUCCAAGAUGCCUCCUUCCAGAGUACCGUAUACCGGUCCUCGGCGUAGACUCGUCCUCGCUUUUGAUAUAGGAACGACUUUCAGCGGUGUCAGCUACAGCAUCCUCGAUCCCGGACAGGUGCCGCAGAUUCUCGGGAUACGGCGCUUUCCUGGACAGGAAAAUAAUGCAAGUGACUCCAAGAUACCAUCGAUCCUCUACUACGGCAAAGAUGGCAACGUCAAAGCUGUCGGCGCGGAGGCGCUUCUUCCACACAUCAGAGACGAGGCGGAAGACAAUAACUGGAUCAAAGUCGAAUGGUUCAAGUUGCACUUGCGCCCACAGGCAGAAGUGGACGCGUCUCGAGCGGAUGUCGAACGCCUCAAAGUCGUCUCUGCUCUCCCGCCCACGAAGGCUAUUAUUGAUGUCUAUUCCGACUUCAUGAAAUAUCUCUUUGAAUGCGCGCGCACUUACAUCACCGAGACGCACGCGAGCGGGGACCUGCUAUGGGCCAGCAUUCAACAGCACAUCGACUUUGUUUUGAGCCAUCCUAACGGGUGGGGUGGCCAUCAGCAGAGCAAGAUGCGCGAAGCUGCUGCGAAGGCUGGUCUUGUUUCACAGGCCGCCAGCCCUCAAAUCCGAUUCGUCACCGAGGGUGAGGCCAGCGUGCACUUUUGCAUUAGCAAUGGUCUUGCUACUGAGGCUAUGCAGAACGGACAGAAUGUGAUGGUCGUUGACGCCGGUGGAGGUACUGUUGACAUCAACACGUAUUCAAUAGUCGCCGGUAAGAGGGUGACGAUGGAGGAAAUUGCUGCUUCGGAAUGUCUGUACCAUGGAUCAGCAAUCGUAACAUCCAGGGCGCAUGGUUUUCUUAAAAGGAAGCUAGCCAAUUCUCGAUUUGGCAACGCUCAGGAUAUUGACGAGAUGCGCAAUCAAUUUGAUAAGACAACUAAGUUGGUCUUCAGAUCUGCCGAUGACAUGGCGUACAUCAAGUUCGGAUCAAUGCGAGAUCGAGAUCCGAGUGUCGGAAUACGAAAUGGACAGCUUACUUUGUCUGGAGCGGACGUUGCCUCGAUGUUUGAGCCAUCUAUCAUUGCUAUCAAAGAAGUCGUACGUCGACAACUGGAUGGCGCUGAUUCCUCGGUUUCGACGGUCUUCCUUGUCGGCGGGUUUGCUGCAAGCCCUUGGCUGUUUUCACAGUUGAAGAUCUACGUGGAAAAUCUUUAUGUCAAGUUCGCUCGGCCGGACACACACACCAACAAGGCUGUUGCAGAGGGGGCCGUGUCCUUCUAUCUUGAUGGCUUUGUCACCUCCCGUGUUGCGAGAUUCACGUAUGGGGCGAGGUGCAAUAUACAGUACAAUCCUUCGGAUCCGGAGCAUCUCAGGCGGCUCAACAAAGUGUUUAUUGGUAAAGCUGGGGAACCGAGGGUGCCAGACAAUUUCCUCAUCAUUCUAAACAAAGGAACGCGCGUCUCCGAGAAGAAGGAGUUCUCGCAGAAUUUGGUGUUUGAUGCGCGCAACCCGCUAGAAUUGGGAAAGGUUCAGACGGAUAUAAUCUGCUACAGGGGCAACUCCCGUAAUCCCCGUUGGUUGGACGUCGACCCAGACACAUACUCAGUCCUGUGCAGGGUAGUUGGAGACACGUCUCACGUGCCACACCUUCCGGUCGAUGGUCCGGCUGGAGUAUUUUACCGGCAGAGCUUCCGCGUGAUCCUUGCCUUUGGCUUGACAGAACUGAAGGCAUACCUCAGCUGGGAUGAGGAUGGCGUGGAGAAGAGGUGCCAGGCCGUUCCAGUGUAUGAUGGCGUCGAUGCAGUAGCAUGAUCGUCCAGGCUUCUGAUACCAGAAAAGGGACGUUGCGUUCGUAGUAAUGUGGAUUUCUCACGGGAUUCUGACCGUGUCAUGCAUAGGGCGUUCUCGCCCAUCGAUGCUAAAAGGGAGCAUAGCAGUGCUCGAACCGCUGCCUGACAGACGCUUCGGUGCAGUGCUUAUGAGUAGUCAUAGUUUUAAUUGUAUCUCUCUGACGGUAGGGAAAUGUUAUAAAGGCCAUAAACAUCAUGCAACG